AUGGCGGAGAAGCCUGCCAAGCUAAAGGUCCCCAUCACCAGCCUCGACGGCAGCAGCUGCGAGCUCGAGCUUGACCCCGACGAGAAGCUGGAGUUCCUGAAGUCCAAGAUCUCGCAGGCCUUGAACCUGUCGCUGGGCCGGGUGUCCUUGGUCUGCGAUUCGAAGGUUUGGACCGACCCCAAUGCGCAGCUGAAGGACAUCUGGCAGGAAGGGUCGACUCUCACCUUGCUGAAGAACCCGAACUGGGACGUGGCGAGGCUCGACACGCUCAAAGCCAAGUUUGUCAAGCAUGGCAAGGUGGAGCAGGAGUCCCACGGAUGCCGCAAGCACGACGCAGCGCUGCCAGAGGGAUGCAAGCUUCCCGAGAUCCUUGUGGAGCUUUUGAAGAUGGGCGUCAAAUGGACCUUCAAAGACUUGUUCCAUUGCGAGAUGUUCGUGCUCACAGACGAUGCCAACAUGGACAUUUACGGUGACGAGGAAUGCCGCCAGGAUUGGCAGGAAGAGCAUGGCGAGGAUAGCUGUGCACACCCAUGGUGGGUUUGCAUUGGGAACUCCUCCGAGUAUGACUUCUACUACCUGAACACCAAAGAAUCUUCCCCGACCUUCGGACAGGUCAAGCGCAUCGUGAACAAUUGCGACGAGGAGACGGUCUAUACUGAGGCACCCUUCGACAACUACCUUGACGCAGUGGAGCGCUACGUCAACGACCAGGAGAAACUUGACCCGGAGGCAGAGGAGGAGGACGAGGACUACAAGAACUUCUCAGAGUACAAUAUCGAGCCGAACGGACGCAAGAUCCGGAAGAAGCUGAGAUUAUGA